GUGCAGUGGUCAUGCAGCCCCACGCGACGGAGGUGGCCCGGCUGUAUCAGACGGAGUUUAUCCGCAGCGCGCGGGCCGUGGGCGUGCUGUGGGCCGUGUGCACGCUCUGCUUCGCCGUCAUCGAGGUGGUCAUCCUCAUCCAGCCGUCCUGGGUGGGCACGAGGGAGCUGCGCUAUCGGGGCGGGGGUACGCCCCCUCAGACCGGGACCCUGGGUCUGUUCGAGGUGUGUGUGGAGUCGGACUGGCCCGUGCCGGAGUGCAGGGGGUCCCUGCGCACCCUGACCCCCCUGCCGGCCUUCCAGUCUCCAGCUGUGCUGGUCUGCAUGUCCCUGACCAUGGUGUGGGCCAGCGUGGGCUGCCUGUGUCUGUUCCGCUUCUGCAACGCAGCCACGGUCUACAAAAUCUGCGCCUGGCUGCAGCUGACUGCAGGUUUCUGUCUGGCGCUGGCGUGUGUGUUGUUCCCGGACUCCUGGGAGUGUGCGGAGAUGCGGGCGCUGUGUGGGGACAGUGUAACCAGUUUCUCUUCAGGGAACUGCAGUGUUCACUGGGCCUACAUACUGGCCAUGCUGGGAGUGCUGGACGCUGGGAUCCUGUCCACACUCGCCUUCGUCCUCGGCAACCGGCAAGACGCUCUGCUCCCUGACGACGCCAAGGAUGGUGAGGUGACUGGGCUGUUACUGGAGGCGUAGGCUGCUGAUGGAUGACGUGCAUCAGAUGGUUCCCUUUCGCAUCAUGUCCUCUCCUCCCUGAGAGAAAGAAGAAAGAUGGUGUGAGAGGAGCUCGGAGCCUCCACCCCCUCAGCAUGACAUCACCCCCUGACUGCACUGCUUACAUAAUCUCUCCUCUCUGCAUAGAAACAGUCACCUGGCAACCGUCACCCGGCAACCGUAUCCUCCAUGCUCAGAAUCGUCCAUCUCUGGAGGGAGAGACAUUAUUCCCUCUCUGCAGUGCUGCUGUCAGCUCAGGCUGAGGGACAGAAGGUCAUUACAGUUUCCUGUAUGCCCACAGAGCCAGUAUUCCCUGUAUCAGUCAGUGAGCGUUCAUCAGUAUAGAUCACUACAGAUUUUACCAGAGAUAUUUAUCUAUCUACUGAUUUAUCUAUCUUUCUGGAAAAGUCUUCUGGAAAAGGACUAGGGCUGUCACAAUUACUCAAUUUCAUUUGAAUGCUUGAUUAAAUUGAUUUUUCUGACGGAUCUGCAAUAAAUAAUUGACUAAAUUAUCAAUAUUUUAAAUUUUCACCUAUAGUUUGUAAUACAUUAUAAUGGACGCACCCGAUUUUAGUCAGAUUUGGCCUUAUAAUCUUUUAAUAUAAUUAAUUUACUGUAUGUUUACCAAACGUUUUUUUUCUGUUUAUCUUCUUCCAAUAAAAAUAUUGUGGAAUUAUUACUGACAAUCUGUUGACCAGCCAUAACAUUAGCACCACUAUAGCCUUCUAUUGAGGCACCUUUUUAUAAAUUUAAUAACAUAAAAUUCUGGAAAAAGUGUGUUGUGCAAAAGUAUUCAUACCCCCUAUAUCAAUACUUUGUAGAGCUACCUUUUGCUGUAAUUACAGCUGCACAUCUUUUGGGGUAUGCCUCUACCAGCUUUGAGCAUCUAGAGACUAAAAUUUAGAGACUGAAGCUCUGCCAGGUGAGAUAGAGAGGGUCUAGCCACAGUAAAAAAAAAUGGGAUUUAGCUUUUGAGACUUUCACUGGAGACUUUGGCUGUAUGUUUAGGGUCAUCGUCUUGCUGGAAGGUGAUUUGUGGAGUGCACAGCUUGUUCAAAUUCUUCUACCUGAGCUGUGGAUCUCUGCAGCUCCUCCAGAGUGACCAUGGGCCUCUUGGCUGCUUCUCUGACCAGUGCUCUUCUUGCUCCUUGAUCUGUCAGUUGGGUGGACCAUGGCCAUAUCUUGGUAGGUUUACAGUUGUAGAAUACUUUUUUUUGAUGAUGUGUGGAACAGUGCUUGUUGGGAUGCUCAAUGCUUGGGAUAUGUUUUAUAACCUAAUAACCUAACCCUGCUUUAAACUUCUUCUCCACAACUUUAUCUCUGACAUGUCUGGUGACUUCCUUUAUUUCCUUCAUGUCUUCAUGGCGCUGUUUGUUCACUAGUACUCUCUAACAAACCACCUGAGGCUAUCAGGAGUAUUUAUACUGAGACUAAAUUACACACAGCUGGACUCUAUUAACUCUGUUAAUUAAAUUACUUCUAAAGGCAAUUGAUUGCUCUGGAUUUUAUUUAGGGGUUUUAGAGAAAAGGGAGGUGACUACUUUUGCAUGUAAGACUCAAGUUUUUAUUUUACUACAAUUUUGAAAAACAUGUAUAAUUUUUGUUCACAAUUAUUGCAAUAUUCACAAUUCUGUAAAAAAAAAAACCUGGUUGGAGGUUGCGAAAGAUUUGAGACUGGGAAGACAUAAAAUAGCUGAUCACAGCAGUUGGUUUGUAAAGAAGAAUGAGCAAAAAUCUCAGUCUCUAGAUGCACAAAUCUAGUAGAGACAAACCCCAAAAGACCUGCAGCUGUAACUUGCAUUUAAAUGUGGCUCUAAUAAGUAUUGAUAUAGAGGGGAUGAAUACUUUUGCACGUCACACUUCUCAGAUUUUUAUUUGAUUAAAAAUUUUAAAAACAUAAUUUAUUUUAAUUCCACUUCACAAUUAUGUGCUAUUUUGUGCUGGUCUAUCACUUAAAAAUCUUGAUAAAAUACUUUUUAGUUUGUUGUUAUAAUUUGACUAAAUGUUGAAAUGAAAAAGUUCAAAUGGGGAUUAAAUACUUUUGCAAGCCACUGUGUACUAGCGUUUUUUUGUUUGUUUUUUCAACACACUGCCUAAUACACUACACCCAUUCCUUGACAGUUGCCACUGUAGACUGUAUUAAUCAGUGUUUUUCCACAUCCCUUAUCAGCAGUGUGUUAAUGUUAUGGAUGAUCAGUGUAAUCUGCAUCAGUGACAGUCCUAGCCAAAGCCAUCAAAUGUGUUGAAGUGUUGUUUUUUUUCACUUCUUUUCAAGCCGCUGUAACUGUAACUGUGUGUGUUCAGAUUUCUACAUUGUCCUGCGGUCAGUUCAGUCAGUGUGGUGCAUGCUACCGUCUCGUAAAAUGUUAAAUGUAAGGUAUUUUACAGAUGAAUGUAGAAGAAGAGUUCAAGCAAUAUUCAUAUUAACUGUAGGAUUACUUAGUAAUAUGUGAUCUGUAAUCAGAUUCUAACGAGAGAGUGAAUCUGAUAUUUUCCCUCAAGCUUGGUAUUGACCAAUUUUGAGUAGUUUUGAAUCGUUUUUUAAGAGUUUAACAUAUUUUAGGUCUUCAGUCAGGAGCCAGGUUUCCAUCCAGGUUCAAAACCAGGACCUCUAAAAAUCUAAAAAUGCCACUAAAAAGGCAGAAUCUCAUUUCUCUUUUGUACCCCUACUCCAUGUUUUUUGAGGAGUUUGAGCUCUGUUCAAGAAAAUCAUAGUCUAGAGCACUCUGGAGCACUUUUAAGCGAGCGAUAUAGAGUGAGUUUAUGAAAAAAGAGAAAUGUUUAAUGUCUAGCAGCAUCAUGUGACUUUUUUUUCCUUUUUUUUAAUGCCAUAUAAACUGUGUCAAACACUGUGUCAAAACGUUCUUGAUUAAUGGACCAAUAGAAAUUCUCCAAAAACCUGAUUUUUUUUUCUCCAUCCUAUAAUUGUACUUUUACUUUUGGAGAUACCUGUUUUCAUUGGACGACAAUGAUUUAUAAUUGUACACAUUGUAUUAUUAAAGAAAUCAAACACCACCCUUUUGUAAAUGCACAGUCAA